GCAUUGGUUGGAUUUUUGUAAAACUGAUGUGCGGUCACACCGAGCUCUAGUCCUUAUGUUUUGUUUGCCUUAGUUUAUGGAAAAUUUCUUUUAGUUUUUGAGUAUUAAAAGUCGAUUCGAUGGCAACUGUGGCUGAAGGCAAUCACAGCGUCUUCGACCUGGUCACCAAACUGGCCACAAUGCUGGUCGCGGAGGAGCUGGCGCCAAAACAACCCACAGCUGCGUUGGUGUCCAAAAGGCGCUCCAAAAUUUAUGAAUCUCUGCUCCGGAGUGGAACGAUGACCUCCCAGGACAAGCUGGAGCUGCUCCACCAGGUAAGCAGCGAGGUGGCAGAGAACCCCAAACGGAAGGAACUGCUGCUCAGCUUUCAAAAUCUGCUGGAAAGACAGCAGAAGGCAGAACCACAGGAGACAGAAAACAAGGAUGCGGAAAACCACUCAGGAGUGGUGAUCAAACGUCUAAAACCAGGCCCCUUGCAGCUACUUGAAAUCAUAGAGCAUCUCCACAAGGAGCCAGUUAAUCCAAAGGCCUUGGUUGGCAUCGAUCAGAUGAGUCGUGCCCUGAAACCCCUGCAAAUACAGCCCUACUCCGAUCUUCUCACGAGCAAUCUGAAUGGAAAGCCUCCUCCGAAAAAGCAAGGCCCCAAGAUCAUACCAUCUAUUGUAACCCGCGUCGGAUUAGCAGAGUCAAUGACACGGAUGAGAAAUGACAUGGAGCAACCAAUGCAGCCACCACCCCGAUUGCCAGUGCUCGCGAAAAAAGUGUCAGCUCCACUGGAAGAACGACCUUUUGUGGCAGAACCUGGACCGGAGAAGCACUUCAUUUCGGAUCACAUGAUGACUAACGAACUUAAGCUCCUCCGGAACAAAGACCUGGUGCUCAACUACAUAGAUGAAUCAACCCUAAUCGAUCACUUAAAGAAAGCAGCAGGUGGUCUUCAGUCGGUUACGUUUCCAAGUCCGUCGGCAGAUAAAUUGGAGUUGCAAAUCAGGCCCAACACAACUUUGCCCACUUUGCUGCCGGAGGUGCUGGCGGAUUUUGCUAAUCACUUCCUUCGCGCCGGCUGUGCCUUCCGGCGUUUGAAUGCCCGCACCAAGCGGAAUAGGAACACCGAAACGCGGCUGGAAAGGCCCCUAAAUCGAGCCAUGCGAGAGACAAUUAUAGAUUACCUAGCCACCACUCGGGAGUUUUUCCUCUCCUUGCCAGUCGACAGUCUUUCCCAGCUGCUGACGGAUUCCCUUACAGCGAUUCAGUUACUCUACCAACUGGAUAGGAUGUUCGAGAAUGAACCGAGAUUAAACUUGGAUACGGGGAUAACUGGCUCCUUCCUGUUGAGCUCGAUAUGGCUGGCCAUUGACACCUGCGGCAACAGUGACUUUCUGCAGCUGCUUAUCUACUUGUUGCGGUGCAUAUCCCAAACGUACUUUGUUCAGCUACAGAGGUGGAUAUACCACGGUGAAUUGGACGAGAAGGUCAACGAGAUUUUCAUUAGCCGUUGCCUGAACACUUCACCGUCGUUUACAAACGAGUGCAGCAAGGAGUUCUUUGACAAAAGCUACCAAGUGGUCAACGAGGCGGUUCCAGAAUUUUUAGCCGGCUGCGAACAGGAAAUCUUCCAAUGUGGAAAAUACAACCAGGUGCUAAGGGCUUAUAACGCUCAGCACCCCGUUUUUGAAGUGCAGUACCCGGAUAUAAUGGUAUGCCUAACGGAGCAGCAGCUGAAAAAGAUGCGCCGCCUCCUGGCCGAUAAAUAUGCCACCAUCUAUCAACGUUUUGGAUCGUGCAGCAUGAAAAGUAUUUUCGAGGAACGCAUGGCGACAAAGCGUGUAUUUGCCAAUCUAAUGGUAAAACGAACGCAGGCCCAUAUUGAAGCCUGGGCAGAGGAGCAGCGUGAACUUCAGCUAAAAGCGAAUGCCCAGAAAAAACUCAUGAACGAUCAGUUAAACGCAGAGCAGGAACGUCUCCAGCAAAAUCGCUUAGAAAAGCGGCGUCAGGAGAUUGUUAAUGAGCUCGCAUUUCAGCGGGAAUGCGAACGGAUGGAGGAUAACCGGCUGGAGCUUGAAAAACAAGAGUUGCAAAAGAAAGUGAUGCAGCUAGCAGCUGAUUUGACUGGAAGAAACAAGCAGGAAGUGAACAGUCCUGACCAAAGCACAAUCAGCGAUCUCAGUUUUGCAUCCUGUCUUGAGGGACCAGAUUGUCUAGCAGAAUCUACGUCUGAUAAAGAUGAUGCAAAUACAGAAAAGUCGGAGGACGAGGCAGCAGAACCGUUGGAUAAACCAUUAGGUGUCCCAUUGGAACAGUCAGGAGCUGAAGGUGGGGUUCAGUAUCAACGAAGUCACUCGGACGUUAUAAAUUCCAAUGAGCAUCCAACCACCCAAACAGAGUUCAAUCGAAACCGCCAGCAUGGUCUGUCCUCUGACCAGUUUCAAGAGUGUCAUGCAAGGGUACAUCUCCAACAGUCCGACUUGCUUAAAAAUACUGCCAGCACGAGUUCAGGAUUGCACGCUGAACUUCCUCCGGAUUUUAAUGCUAAUCUCAAUUGUCCGGAAACGAAGGAGCUGACAGAACAACAGCGAAACCGCUUGCGCAACGAGCAUCACGACGGCUUCGUCAGCUUUAACUCCACCGAAGAUGAACACACCGAUCGAAUGCGUUGCCAAUUGAACUCAAAUACGGAACGUGCCAGAAAUCGGCGGCGUGUUAUGGACAGCGAGUUUGGUAUUACUAUUGGUUAUAAGAUUAAGGAUAAGGGAAAAAAUGCCACGCCUUGUCUGCCUCUAGCACUCGACAAGCUUCAUGUCGAAGUCCCCUUGGCGGUGCUAACUCCUAUGUCCACCACUUCCGAUGUUGAUAUCGGGGAGCCGUCACCUAGGGAAAUACCAGAAAUAGCUGACACUGCUAAUAAUAACAAUGUUUGUGGGAGCAACGAAAGUUUUUAUCCGCACUCACCAAACCCCGAUCUCGCAAUUGCUAGACCCACCAGCUCAUUAUCGAAAGCCAUUAAUCCGGUUUUAGUUCUGCCCACGUAUUUUAGAAUGGAAAAGGAACCGGAACAGGAUACACAUCAAAAUGUUUCCAGUUUGCCCGAGGCCUGCAAUCCAUUUAUGGCCCGCCGCUGCCUGCAGCUUUCCGUAAUGGCACCCGUUAACGCACAUUACGCGCUGCUCCGAAAUGAGGUCCUGAGGAUCUUCCAGGAGCAGCGUAUCUACGAGCAUUUCCGCAAGCUCAGAAACUACUUCUUCCUGUUGGAUUGUCAGUUUGGAGCUUUACUCACGAGCGAUAUUCUAGGAAGAAUAAGGGCGGGCAUUGAGCCACGCAGUCUUUGCCAGAAGGGCAUCCUUGAUACCAUGUUAACCAAUGCGUUGGCGGCUUGCUCGGCGGAUGAGACCACGGUAUCGCAAAAUCUCACUCUCAACUGUACCACCAUCCCGGAUACGCUGAAUUUCCUGUCCGUGGAAGCCACUUCUAUGCUAAGGCUGCACUGCAAGAUUGAUUGGCCCUUGAACCUGGUGAUCAGCUCGGAGACGGUUUCAAAAUAUGGCCAGAUCUUCGGGUAUCUGCUGAAGCUGCGUCACGUUAGUUUCGUGUUGGAGGGAACCUACGAGUACCUGCAGCAAAUGGGCAAACUUCUUGGACCGGAGCUCCGGACAUGUGCCCAUUUCCGACACCUGCAGAUGAUGCGCCACAAGCUGUCGCACUUUAUGACCUCGUUUCAAACGCAUCUGGUGGCCAAAGCCCUGCAGUCAACCUGGAAGAGCUUCAAGGAGGAGUUGUGCACAGCCGAUUCUAUUGAGGGGAUGUACAAGCAGCAUGUUGCCUACUUGAAGCAGGUGGCCUUCCUAGCACUGUUAAAUCGGCGCAGUGCUAAGGUCAAGGAAACCAUUGAUAAUAUCCUAGUGAUUAUACUUCGUUUUUGCAAGGUCCUUCAGUCGCAGUCUUUUAUUAUGGAUCAAGAUAAUCACUUUGCGCAUCCCCGCUUUAAACGCCUGCAGCAGGAGGAGACUGAGUUCGAGAAAUUCAUGCAGUAUCUGAUCUAUUUGGGCAACAAGGCGGCCGCUUCUGGUUACCAGGAGGAAAUCGGUGACCUGAUUUGUAUUAUUAAUUUUAACAACUACUACAAGGUAUCUGAAAACAAUUCUGGUUCUUAAAUGGAAUAUAGAAAGUGCUAGCCAAUAAUUGGUAGAUAAGGAAUUUCUCUUGCCAUUAAGCUGAGCUUAGACAAUUUUAAAAUAUUAAUGCAUGCAUGGCGUCUCUUAAAAGUUAAGCUUCGGUACAGAAACUGAACUAAUAAAGGCAACCGCCUUAAAUUUGUUUUUUUUUUUGUUA